UGCAACUACCAACUUCCUCGAAGCAUCACGCAUAUUCUGUCACUCGCCAUGUUAUUCUGCGGAUACUGACACUCCUUUUAAACCAAAUACAAUCUGAUCGUUAUUUGUUUGUGUGAAAGAUAAGCAACUGAAAGUUCAUUUUCUUAAGUUUGUAUUUAGAGAAAGAGGACUUGCCACGAUGACGUACGACGGUCAUUUGAAAAUUGGAAUUGUUUGUUCCAGUAAUCAAAACCGGAGCAUGGAGGCUCAUAACUUUCUUAGCAAAAAGGGAUUCCAGGUGAGGUCGUUCGGAACAGGAAGUCAGGUGAAGCUGCCGGGAUCUGCGCCAGACAAGCCAAAUAUCUAUGACUUCAGCAUCACCUACGAUGAGAUGUAUAAGGACCUCAUUAGGAAAGACCCAGACCUCUACACCCAGAACGGAAUCCUUCACAUGUUGGACAGGAACAGACGCAUCAAGCCCAAGCCGGAACGCUUCCAGGCUUGCAAGGACAAGUUUGACGUCAUUGUCACGUGUGAAGAGCGUGUGUAUGACCAGGUCAUUGAUGAUCUGGAGUCCAGGUUGAAGGAAGAGGAGCAGGCUGUCCACAUCAUCAACAUUGAUAUCCAAGACAACCAUGAGGAGGCCACGAUAGGCGCCUUCAUGAUAUGUGACCUCGUCACCUUGCUGCACACUUCAGACGACCUGGAUAACGAGAUUGACGAAAUCCUCCAGGAGUUCGAAUCCAACGUAGACCGGGCUAUUCUGCACACUGCCACGUUCUACUGACGAGGAGCAGCACACAUUAUGAAAUAACUGUGAAAACUUGGUAUACUUGGGGAUUACCUCGAAAGCAAUUCCACAUUUUGGCAAAUGUCAGCAUCAUCCAAAUAUUUGUGUUUUCAGUAGAAAUUCGCAUCAGAAUCACAAAAGUAUGUAUAUCAGUUCUAUCGGGGUAGGGAUCUGAUCAG